AUGGCCACCCUCUCAGUCCCGUCACAAGACAUGACCUCGCUUUCAUUGGGCAAUAGCAUUCACAGGCCCCUCUCUACUCACGGCUUGCCCAAGCAGCCGCGCACCAUGUCUCCCGAACGACCACACCGUUUUUCAACAAAGAGCUACCCCCCUCCUGCCCUCGCUCACACUCCAAUGUCUCCACACUCGUCCGCCCCAAUGUCUCCACCACCAAUGUCAGCAAAGUCUUUCGGUACCUUUAUCGACUCGGAGCCGUCGACACCAGCCUACUCUCCGAGGAUGGACAAUGAAUGGAACGACUCGUCAGUCGUCCUGGUGCGGCCCAUGUCCUCCUCUUCAGAGCCUUCGAGUCCUGCAGAGCCGGUAUGGCGUAUGCUGAAGCCGCUUCCAGCCAAGGCACCGCCCAAAUCUACCCCUAUUGCCCCUCAGUCAAAGGCACCAGCCGUCAACGCCAAAGAAAUUUCGUCCAACACAUCGCUAGCCUCGCACCAAACCAGAGAGGCAAGGCACAUCAGCCACCCAAAGGAAUUCAAAUUGGCAGACUUGUCUCAACAACACUAUCCUCCGAAAUGCGAAGACAUCCAGCCUACAGAGGAGGACCCAGACGAGCAAAAGUCUGGCACUCCCACGUCAGCGACCUUUGGCAAGAUUGCUUCCAAGAUGAAGCUGAUGCUCCGACGGAAGAACACAAACACAAACAAGAAGGAGAAGAAGAAGAGGCACUACGAAGAGGUUGAUCGUAUAGAAGACAGGCACUGGACGGAGAUCCCUGUCACUACCCUGCUACACUCUGGCUUCCCCACAAAGACGGUCAUCGCCCUCGUCCUCGUCGGCGGCCUAGCAUACUAUCUCAUCGAUAUAGUCGAGCCCACCUGGACUGACGAUGUGUACGCGGCGUUUUCCUCGGGCGACGACUCCAGCGCCAUGACCACACCGCUGCAUUUCUACCGCAACCGCACUGAACUGCAACAUACCCUCGACUAUCACAUCCCAGACCCCAGUGCCCCGCUCAAGGACCCCAACAUCGCCAAGUUCUUUUCUGAGCAAUUCGAAAAGCUGUGCUUCGGAUGGAUGAUGACCGAGGACGAUGCACGCAAGGGCGUUGAAGGUAUGGAAAACGUGCACAUGCCUAUUACGCACGGGUGUCGCUUCCGCAGCAACGAGCCAUGUGAGGAUUUCUUUGCGCUGGGCACGAGUCCCGGGCCGGGCGAGAAGAUGUGGAAUUACUGGACGGUGCUUGAUGGCCAUGCAGGACGCCAUACCGCCUUCUAUCUGCAGUGGUGUCUGAUUCCCAUGGUGUCGUCUGCGCUCUGUGCCCUCCCGCGCAGCGCCUCCAGCCCCGAGAUUGAGAAUUCAAUCAAGAAUGCCUUUCUGGCGGCCGACAGGUCCAUCAUGGAUCGCGCAAAGACGGCCGCGAAUUGGUAUCCGGCCGCGAGCGCAGCCGCUAUUGCUGCACUCACGCCAGCUUUCUCCGGCUCGUGUGCCCUCCUAGCUGCCUUUGAUGCAUCCACAUCCACCUUACGCGUCGCAUGUACCGGAGAUUCUCGCGCUGUCCUCGGCCGCUGGGACCCCUCGACAUCAUCCUACAAAGCGAUCCCGCUGUCCGAAGACCAAACGGGCUUCAACGCAGCAGAAGUAGCGCGCCUGGCACAAGACCACCCAGACGAGCCCUCCAUCAUCGACCCCAAUACGGGGCGCCUCCUCGGCAUAGCCGUAACCCGCGCCUUUGGCGACCACCGCUGGAAAUGGGACAACAGCCUCAUCAAAGCCUGCCAGCACAAAUUCUGGGGCUCUGCGCCCCGCCCUGGCUCAAAAACUCCCCCUUACAUGACGGCCGAGCCCGAAGUCACCGAAACCCAGAUUAUCCGCUGUGACCCGGACGAUUACUCCUCUCCUUCUUCUACAGCGCAAGCUAAAAGCGACUUCCUCAUCAUGGCUUCCGACGGCCUCUGGGACCGCAUCUCCUCAGACCACGCCGUCAACUGCAUCCAGCGGUACCUAGAAGCGCGCGCCCGCGGCAAAGGCAGCCCCUCGAACCAGGCGUCUCAUGCGACCCCGCCCAAAACCUCGACGUAG